GACUUCCCACACUCCACCGGAUUGAUUCUCGCUGUCAUCAAUGGCCACUCAGGCGUCGUGGAGCUGCUCCUCAGAAAUGGUGCGGACAUCGAGGCUAAAGAUGCUAAUGGAAGAACGGCGCUGUCGUUGGCGUCUAGUAACAAGCAUCCCCGUAUAAUCUCCUUGCUGUUGAAAAAGAACCCCAAAAUUGAGGCAGGGGAUUCUUGUGGAAGGACAGCACUAUCAUGGGCCGCCGAAAAUAAACUUGAGGAUAUUUUCAGGCUCUUACUAGUUGAAGGUGGAGCAGACUUUGCCGUGAAGGACGACAGUGGAAAAACGGUGCUACACCGAGCGGCCGCUUGUGGGAAUGAGGAGGUAGUGAAAAUACUAACAGAA